AUGGCUGCUGAGCAGGGAGACCCCUCUGCCCCGGCUCAGGUGCUCCAGCCUGCGCUACAGCAAGGGAUGAAGUCGGUCAUAAAAACGGAGGAGCAAGAGCCGGCCGGAUCCCCAGCGUUGGAGGAAUCGGGGAGGGCAGGCGCUGCCCCUCGCAUGGUUCAGGUGGGGACCAUCGGGGAGUAUCCAAAAUGGCCGACGCAGCCGAAGAAACAGGAACUGGACAAGGGUUUGUCGGAGCGCUGGGAAGCCCAGUGGCAGGAGUUCCUCAAGACGGUGCAGUCGUCCCACGGCGGGUGGGGGAAUUCGCAGCUGGUUGAGGCAGUGCCACGAGGCGAGGCGCAGACCUGCCUUACCCUCGCUGAGGGAGCCAAGAAGUGGCAGGCCAAAGGGCAGGGCACUAAACCCUGGCCUGGUCCCGGUGGGAAAGUCCGCGAGGCCUGUAGCAGGGAGGGUGGUGGAGACCCGGGCGACUCUGGCAGAAAGAAGGAAGACGCUACGAAGGAGGAGGAGACGCAGCGCCAGCUCUUCCGGCAAUUCUGCUACCAGGACGCCGAGAGCCCCCGAGAGGCCUUCUGCCGCCUCUGGUACCUUUGCCACCAGUGGCUGAAGCCGGAGAGGCACACCAAGGAGCAGAUCUUGGACCUUCUGAUCUUGGAGCACUUCCUCACCAUCUUGCCCCAAGACAUGCGGAGCUGGGUGAAGGGAAGCCAUCCCGAGACCUGCUCCCAAGCCGUGGCCGUGGCGGAAGAUUUCUUGCUGAGGCAGAAGGAAGCCGAGAGGCAGGCCAGGCCGGUCCCUGUGAUCUUCCACAUUGUGACUGUGAAUUUCCCUGCCGCUGAGGGGGCUUCUUCUGAAAACCCCCAGAGGAACCCAGACGGGGAGGUCAACCUAAAGGGAGAUGAGCCUGUUGACAACUCUCUGAGAGCUGUGGAUAUGAUGGAAACUGUGCCGUCUGAAAGAGCCCAGCGCCGGGAGGCGAUCGUGAAUCUCGCCCGCCAAGACAGACCGAAUCGCCGAGAGGCAAAACCCGCCGAGAACUUGCGGGAGAGAUCCACGGCCGCCCGAGAAGGAGAACACCCCGAAAUCGCAGACCCUCAGAGGCCCUGGAAGGCCAAAAGCAGGAAGAUUUGCAACAUGUGCGGGAAAAGCUUCAGCUACAACUCCAACCUCAAGAGACACUGGAGGACCCACACGGGGGAGAAGCCGUACGGUUGCUCGUACUGCGGGGAACGGUUCAACCAGGCCACGAACCUCAUAAGGCACCAACGGAUCCACACCGGGGAGAAGCCGUACAAGUGCUCGGACUGUGGCAAAAGCUUCAACCAGAGCCUUCAACUCAUCUGGCAUCGGAAGACCCGCUUCAAUUGCAGCUAAUGCUGUUUCUCGCCGUCCGGGAGCAUAAACAGAG